ACUUAAACCAGAUAUAACAUUUUAUGUAUUGUAUAUGCUAAGAAAGUAGCCUAGACUUUUAUGGGCUACAUGCAUGAAAGAGAAGCGGCACGAAGGCAAACAUGCUGACUGCAGUUGGCAGGCUGUGGGAGGGGUCCACAUUGUGGGCUGUUUGCCCUCUCAGCAACCAAGCUUGGUGGUCACCUCUGAUUGCAUUCAUGUGUUGAAAAACUCUUGUCGGUCCCUUACUUCCUUUUUGGGUCUCUUCCGUGCUCUCACCCACUGCUGCGGGGAUUGCUCCUCUCCUCUUCUGCACCUCCUCAGCCCAUGGCCAUCGUUUUAUUUUCCCACUCCUCUCUCGCACUGUUCUGAGACAUGAAAACAGACUUUUUCAAUUAGGGAAAGCCGUUGAAAGUGUUCAGCUUCAGGCUGCUGCCCCUCUUGUCCUCAUUCCUUGCACGGGCAGUAGGGGUGGGAAGCCGCAAGGGGGAAGAUCUGCGUGCAUUGUAAGUGUCCUCGAGAAGAGCAUGCAGUGAACGCCAUGCCUGUGGAAAUGGAGAAGACGGUCACCAAGCUGAUGUACGACUUCCAGAGGAACUCCACUUCAGAUGAUGACUCUGGUUGCGCUCUGGAGGAAUACGCCUGGGUGCCACCAGGACUCAAACCCGAACAGGUCCACCAAUACUACAGCUCAUUACCUGAAGACAAGGUGCCCUAUGUGAACAGCCCGGGAGAGAAAUACCGAAUCAAACAGCUCCUUCAUCAACUCCCCCCGCACGACAACGAGGUUCGAUAUUGCAACAGUCUGGAUGAUGAAGAGAAGCGGGAACUGAAGCUCUUCAGUAACCAACGUAAAAGGGAAAACCUUGGUCGGGGCAAUGUUCGCCCUUUCCCUGUGACCAUGACGGGCGCCAUCUGUGAGCAGUGUGGAGGCCAGAUAAAUGGUGGCGACAUCGCCGUCUUUGCAUCGCGCGCCGGCCACGGCGUGUGUUGGCACCCGGCUUGCUUCGUAUGCAGCAUGUGCAGCGAGCUCUUGGUGGACCUCAUCUACUUCUACCAGGACGGGAAGAUCUACUGCGGGCGGCACCAUGCGGAGAGGCUGAAGCCGCGCUGCACAGCUUGUGAUGAGAUCAUCUUGGCGGACGAGUGCACAGAAGCGGAGGGCCGUCACUGGCAUAUGAAGCACUUCUGCUGUUUCGAGUGCGAGACGGUGCUCGGGGGCCAGCGCUACAUCAUGAAGGAAGGAAGACCCUAUUGUUGCUCCUGCUUUGAAUCCCUCUAUGCCGAGUACUGCGAUUCCUGCGGGGAACAUAUCGGUAUCGACCAAGGCCAGAUGACAUAUGAUGGGCAGCACUGGCAUGCCACAGAGGGCUGCUUCUGUUGUGCCCACUGCAAACGUUCUCUACUGGGUCGACCCUUCCUGCCCAAGCAGGGACAAAUCUUCUGCUCCCGUUCUUGCAGUUUGGGGGAGGAGCCCAACGGAUCGGAUUCCUCGGAUUCUGCUUUCCAAAGCGCUCGCUCCACCAGAGAGUCCAGACGCAGUGCCAAGGCGGGAAAGAGCGGCGGCGGCGGCGGCGGCGGCGGCGGCGGCGGCGGCGGUGGAGGGCAAGCGGAGAACGUGUCGGGCGAGGUGGACCCGUUGUCUUUACAAAUGGACCUACUGAGUCUCUCUAGUCAAACUCCGAGUUUAACUCGCGAGCCUCCUGCCUGGCAGAACCAGAAGCAAGACGGACGUAAAUUUGAGUCUCAAUCUGAGCCGACGCCCAGCCCCUCCCCUCUCCAGCUUCUCAGUCAGUGCAACGUCAGAACGUCCUUCAACACGCCAUGCACCGGACAGAACAACCAGAACGGAGGUUUAAAGAGGCCACCCAUCUCCGCCAUGAAGGGUCACUCUCUAAAUGACACCUGGUUCCAACAGCCGUCCCCGGAGGACUACUACCCCCCCAAACUGAAGACCCACAAGAGUUUCACUGACGAGCUCUCUCAGCACUGCGGCGGGUUUUCGGCGGACAAGCGCUCCAUCAGUUUGCAUGGCUUCCAAAGGGAGCGAGAUCCCGGUCCUCCGGCGGCGACCCAAGCAGCAAGAAGCAGGAACCCCAUCAACGCACUUAGCUUCACUGAGCAACUGACCCCCCUGCAGCAGACCCCAAGAGGAUCCACGGAGUCCGUGUCCAUAGCUAACUCUGCAGAAGGAGGAGCGACACGGCAAGAGCACCUAUCCCGCUUUUCCAUGCCUGACCUGAGUAAAGACUCUGGAGUGAACGUCCCCCAGAAAAGCAACACGGACAACCUUAACUCUUCGGUCCAAUUCCGGAGCUCAGAGUCCCUCCACAGUGUCAACGGUGGUCAACCCUACAUGGAGAUAAACCCGCCCAGGUCCUCCCAAUACCAGCUGCAGUAUUGUGACCCAUCCAGCGUGGGUGCCGGCAGAGUCACGGCUCAUCUACCGCCCGGAUUCACCUACCAGGAGGAAGACAGGGUGAGCUUGGUGAGCAGCGCCAGUGCCGCACGCCUUCCCCCCAUCAAUGAACGCAGGGUGAGCAGUGGCGGCGUCGGUGGAGGAGCAGGAGGAGGAGCAAGAGGGGCGAGUGUCAGGAUAGAAAUACCGGAGGAAACCCCUCAAAGACGCAGACACCACCACCAUCACCGCACCAGAAGAUCCCGGCGCUCCCGCUCGGAAAACGCUCUCAACUUAGUCACGGAUCGGCGAGUGAGACCGCAAGAAAGGCCGCAGCGCCACGUUCGAGAAGACUACGAUCGCUUCCCUCCUCCGAGGAGUUCCAGGGACCAGUACGGAGUCGUCGGAGGAGCGGGAAGAUACCAACCGCAAUUCUUUCGCCAGUGCCCCAGGACCACAUCAGACCUGACGCUUCAGAACCCCGCUGCCAGCCGACGCACAGGCUUGAACCAGUACUCCUGGGAGGACUACGACUACGACGACGACUGGUGCUCCACUUGCUCUUCCUCGUCCGAAUCGGAGGACGAAGGUUACUUCCUGGGCGAACCGAUCCCGAGACCCAUCCAGACGCGCUAUCUCAGCAACCAGGAGCUGGUACACAAGUACAGCACGGGGAUGGGAGGAGCCAACAACCGUAGUGCGCUGCUAACAACCACACACAAACGCAGAAAAAGCAAGAACUGCAUCAUUUCUUAACGCGUCUGCAACAGUCCUUGAACGCACCAUCUAACUUUCAAAGUUUACAGAUAAAGUAGAACCUUAUAUAGUGGAAAUUACGGUAAUAUGAAUGAAAUCAAACAUUUUGGGGUGGAGUGGUUAGCGCGCAAACCUCACAAGCUAGGAGACCAGGGUUCAAUUCCACCCUCGGCCAUCUCUGUGUGGAGUUAGCAUGUUCUCCCCGUGCAUGCGUGGGUUUUCUCCGGGUACUCCGGUUUCCUCCCACAUUCCAAAAACAUGCUAGGCUAAUUGGCGACUUCAAAUUGUCCGUAGGUAUGAAUGUGAGUGUGAAUGGUUGUUUGUCUAUAUGUGCCCUGUGAUUGGCUGGUCACCAGUCCAGGGUGUACCACGCCUCUCGCCCCAAGACAGCUGGGAUAGGCUCCAGCACCCCCCCUCGCGACCCUGGUGAGGAUAAGUGGUAGAAAAUGAAUGAAUGAAUGAAUAAAACAUUUUGGCACUAGAGUACGAGAAUACCCAGUUUUUGCAUGUUUUUCCACACACUUUCUUCAACGGUCCUUGAACGCACCAUCUAACUUUCUCCCACACUGCAGAGCUAGGCAUCUGGUCCGACGAUACAAACAAUGUUGAUCAAUGCUAAUCAACAAUUGUAAUCAAAAGUCAAGUAACAAACUGCUGUGCUAGCUCACCAGUGUUUGCAUGUCUUUGUAUUCAUCAUUUACAGUAUCUUCUCUCUUUUGGGUUUUUUUUUUUGUUUUGUAAAAUGUGCAAUUCUUUUUUUUUUUUUUUUUUGUAAAUGCAGAUAGUCUGUUUGCUACAGUUGAACUUCCCGUGAUUUUGCUAUAGAAUAUACUGUACUAUUGUAUUUGCUUCAUAGUAUGUACAUAGAUAAAUGAACUAAUAAUUUCACUUAAGUUAAGAAAGUGCGUGUAAAUACGGUUGUAAAUGAGGCCUCACAUAUUUUUAUAUUUUGUAUUAAUAGAAUCAUUUAUGUAUGAAAUAUCUAUCGUGUAGAGAUAGACCAUAACAAAAACAACUUAUGCAUGUGACCUGCUUCGGUGAUUAAUUUGAUUGACAGCUGCUGUUUAUCACUGUUCAGCAUUACAGCGUUCGCCACCUGCUCGGUGCAUACAUGAAUGCUAACAAGGUGCAGAGGUGAAUUAGCAUUACCUGUCUCGAUAUUGUUAAUAUGCAAGAUGGCAGACACUUUUUUUUUUUAAACAUUAUUCAAAGACGCUCUGGCGUAUUGCAUCAGCUCUUUAAGUUGGGAACUUCUGCUGACUACUGCCAA